AUGGUAUGUUUUUACUUUUUUAACCAAAUAUAAUUAAAAUUGGCUACAAGAUGUUAUGUUUAAGUACUUGUAACAUUGUUUUUCAUAAAUUCUAAAUAUAUUAUGUUAAUAUUUUAGUUUUUUGGGCUUUUUAACUCUUUGUUAUUACGAUUUCCAUGUAUUUUAUGAUGAAUAACAUGAUAUAAUAUUGUUUUUUCAGAUCAUGAUUGGCAAAUUUAACCAAUCUUCGACGGUUUUUAGAGUAAAUAAAAGAAAGGAGGUGGAAGAUGAUGUGAAAGAGAAGAAGGCAGAUGUUGUUGUGCCAAAGGAGCUGAAGGUCGAGUAUUGUCGGCGAGUGGUUGUGAUCGACGGAUGUAAUGUGAUUUCGAAGGCAUCCAAGGCAUGCUACAGCAUCCACAGUGCUCGGUAAGUUUUUUUUCUGUUUUGAACAUAGGGAUUUAUAUAUUUUUAAGCUUUUACAAGAAUUUUUGGGUAAUUUUUCGUUUAAAAAUGGUAUGAUAAGGUUGAAUGAGUAGUAUAAUAAGAUUGGAGAAGUAAAUGUUGUUUUUCAGUGAGAAAGCCAAUGCUUUGACACUGUUAUUGAUGGUGAACGACUUGAUAUCCAAAAAGUUUGAAGUUUUCGUCACAUUGAAAGACUAUUACAUGAAUGCACGGGUGACAGACUACUACUUUGUCAUUGAGGUAUGAUUAUUCUUAUAUGACAUUUUAAACAGUUCUUUUAAAAAAAACUUUGUAAUAUCUAUAGAAAACAUAGGCAUAUUCAUCAAACUGUCAUUUACUUUAUCAUUUUUCAGCAGUUUCAACUAAUGGAGAUUCUUCAUGUUCUACCUGACAUGGUUGACGAUGAUCGAGUGAUUCUGAACACGGCCGUUACCUACAAUGGAGCUAUUAUCUCCAAUGAUCGAUUUAGAGACAAAGAAGGCGAGUUUGAAGAUGUUAAACGACGUCGGAUCGACUUCAACUACGACCUGAUUCCGUGGGAAUCCAAAGAAGUUUUGGCCAAGAGGAAGCUCCAGUUCGGCUUGAAGUUUAACUAUACUGCACUGAAAAGUAAGUGAAGCUUUUUCUUUUUGAAUUAAUAUUAAAGUUAAUUUUAUGUUAUGACAAACUUUACAAAAACAUCUUAGUCAUUUUAAACCUACUUUUGCUCAUUUCAGGAAAUUCCCUCUGUUCUUCAUCAAUGCCAGACUAUCCCAACGUCAAGAAGCUUUACGACAGCAUUUCACCGAUGUAUUUCGAAUCAACAAAGCGACGGUUAGACAUAAUGGCAAGUUAUGUUCAGUUAGAACAAUGUUACGCAUAUGCGGUGCCAUUGAAUAAGCCGGUGUAUCUGCAAGGAGAUGACAUACCCAGCUUCUAUGAGUACAUGGAACGUCGGAUUGCGUUUGAAUCAAGGAAAAAUCGGAUUAAUUCUUGA